CCAUAAAAUUUUGAUAUUUUCGUUUCUUUCCCCUUUAGUUUUAGUUUCGUUCACCCGUGUCCCUCUGUUUCCCGUCUACUCUGAAACUAAUCGAUGAUAAUUUUAAUCUCUCUUGCAUCUCUCUUUUUUGUCAUAAGAUACUGAUAUUUGAUUCCAGAAUUUCCUUUUUCUUACUCGUCGGCGACUUUCCGGUGGUUUCUAUCAUAGAAGGAAAAUGGUGCAGAGCCUUUCAUUAAGCACCUUAACAACCUCCGGAACCACGGCUGUUUAUGGGUCAGAGGUGGUGGGGAGGCGACAUUAUGAGAUAGUUGGGAAAGCCCAUGUGAAAUCUGGGAUUGGUAGACAAUCUCUCUGGCAUGGGUAUGUAUCAAGUUUUUACUUUAAAGGCAACCCCAAUUUGUUAAGGAAAAGAAAUUUGCGGGUUAAAGCCGGUUGGCCAUUUAAAGGAGGUGAUCAGGAGUUGGGUGCAAGCUCAGAGCGUAGUGAGACUGCUAAUGAGGAUAUAUUGAUUUUCUUUUUCCAGCUGGACUUGGCUACGCAAGUGCAGCGUGCUUUGAAUUUGGAAGAGUAUGAAAUUGCCCAGCAACUUAGAAACAAGCUUACUGAGGUUGAAGCAGAAAUACUUAAGCAGAAAGAAGCUAAAAGAGGAUUGUCCUCAAAGAGUGAAGCCCAAGAUAAGGCUAUAAGUAUAGUGCGACUACGUGGAGACCUGCAGAAUGCAAUUGAGACUGAGAAUUAUGCUUUGGCAGCUAAAUUACGGGAUGACAUUUCCAAACUUGAGGCAGAAUCUUUGGCUGCAUCUGCAAAAGCAUUGGCAUAUGAAAAUGCGCAAUAUGCAUUUCGUUUGGGACAGAAAGUUCAGCAUAAAAUUUUUGGUUAUCGAGCUGUAGUUUGUGGGAUGGAUCCAGUGUGCUGUGAAUCAAGUUCAUGGAUGGAAACUGCACAGGUUGAAAAGUUGUCUCAUGGUUCUAAUCAGCCAUUUUAUCAGGUCUUGGUUGAUGUAUAUGCAGACCCCAAUCUACUAGUGGCAUAUGUUCCUGAGGAGAAUCUUUUAGCCCCUGAACAACCAGACUUGAGAAGGUUUGAUCAUCCCUAUAUAUCUUUUCUGUUCUACGGGAUGGAUGCAGCUGGAGAUUUCAUUCCCAUCAAACAGCUUCGUGAGAAGUACAACCGCCCCCGACAUGAAAUUCCCCUCAAUCCAGAAGGCGAUGAAGGUGGAGGCAUCACAGGAAAUAAGGGCUGAUUUUCCUUAGUAGUUUUUAGCAUGGCAUUCCUCGCCAGAACUGCCAUGAAGCAUGUAUAUGGCACUCUUUUCAUGUAUAGCCAAACCAAUGUAUCUUUCCUUUCCUUCUUUUUGGUUCCUCUAAAAGGAAAACUGAUGCCUUCUAAUCAGUAUGUAGAUAAUCAUCAAGUAAACCUCUUGCUGAAAUCAGAGAUUUUCAGGCAUUUUCAUUGGUUUUUCA